CAGUACUUGCGUCACCGGUGGGCGUGGCCUGAUCUCAGUGUUCUGGAACACACGGCGGAAGCGGCGCGGUGUCACCAAGCGGCCCUCGCGCAUUAAACAUCUACAAAAACACCAAGAACCAUGAAGAUCUGGACGUCAGAGCACAUUUUCAAUCAUCCAUGGGAAACCGUGACCAACGCCGCCAUGCAGAAGUACCCGAACCCCAUGAACCCCAGCGUGUUCGGCGUGGACGUGUUGGACCGUAACGUGGACCAGCAGGGACGCCUGCACAGCAAACGCCUCCUCAGCACCGAGUGGGGUCUGCCGUCCAUCGUCAGAUCGAUAAUUGGCAACACACGGACAUGUACGUACAUCCAGGAGCACUCCAUAGUCGAUCCCAAAGAGAAAACCUUUGAGCUUCAGUCGACUAAUAUCACCUUCACUAACAUGGUGUCUGUGGACGAGCGGCUCACGUACCGCCCGCACCCGGAGGACCCGGAGAAGACGAUGCUCACGCAGGAGGCCAUCAUCUCUGUGAAGGGUGUCAGUCUGAGUAGCUAUCUGGAGGGACUCAUGGCAUCAACCAUCUCCGCCAAUGCAGGAAAGGGUCGUGAGGCGAUGGAGUGGGUGAUCCGGCGCCUGAACACUGAGAUCGAGGAGCUGGCCAUCACAGCGAGAGGAACCCUGAGGACGCCGAUGGCCGCCGCUGUCACUGAGAAGUGAACGCCAGUCCUGCGCUCUC